CUGUAAAGUCAGGCUGCUUGCCUUGGCUCUUUUAAAAGGCAGAGCCACAGAGAAGGCGGUGCUCUGGGAGGAACCAAGGAGAAACCAAUGAGCAGCCCCUAUUAGGCCUAGGUCAAGUGUGCUGGUCCAGAACGCAGCCUGCAAGCACCAGGUUAUGGUCCCUGCGAUGCUCACCGGCUACAUGUCCCUGAGAGGAGUCUCUGCGUGGUUGCUGAGCCGCAAGCUCGGCCUGCGCUUCUCGCGCGUUCCACGUACGUGGAGCUCGGCGGCCGCGCACACGGAGAAGACACAGAUCCGAUCGGUCAAAUCCUCUCGUCCUGUGUUUGACUGGAAGGACCCACUGGUCCUGGAGGAGCAGUUGACUGCCGAUGAGAAACUCAUCAGGGACACCUUCCGUAACUACUGCCAGGAACGACUUAUGUCUCGAAUUCUGCUGGCCAAUCGAAAUGAAGUUUUUCACAGGGACAUUGUAUAUGAGAUGGGGGAGCUGGGUGUGCUGGGACCCACCAUUAAAGGGUAUGGCUGUGCUGGAGUGUCAUCGGUGGCCUAUGGGCUCCUGACUCGAGAGCUAGAGAGGGUGGACAGCGGCUACAGGUCGAUGAUGAGUGUUCAGUCCUCCCUUGUCAUGCACCCCAUCUAUACCUAUGGGAGUGAGGAGCAGCGACAGAAGUAUCUGCCCCGACUGGCCAAGGGUGAACUUCUGGGCUGCUUCGGACUUACAGAGCCCAACCAUGGGAGUGAUCCAGGCAGCAUGGAGACCAGAGCUCGCCACAAUCCAUCAAACAAGAGCUACACUCUCAGUGGAACCAAGACCUGGAUCACCAACUCCCCUGUGGCUGACCUAUUCGUAGUGUGGGCUCGGUGUGAGGAUAACUGUAUCCGGGGCUUCCUGCUGGAGAAGGGGAUGCGGGGCCUCUCAGCCCCUAGGAUUGAAGGAAAGUUCUCCUUGCGGGCCUCAGCUACUGGUAUGAUCAUCAUGGACAGCGUGGAAGUGCCCGAGGAGAAUGUGCUGCCUAAUGUGUCAAGCCUGGCGGGCCCUUUUGGCUGCCUUAACACUGCCCGAUAUGGCAUCACAUGGGGUGUGUUGGGAGCUGCUGAGUUCUGUUUGCACACAGCUCGGCAGUAUGCUCUGGACAGGAUCCAGUUUGGAGUCCCCUUGGCCAGGAACCAGCUGGUUCAGAAGAAGUUGGCAGACAUGCUCACUGAGAUCACACUGGGCCUCCAUGCAUGUUUACAACUUGGCCGUCUAAAGGAUCAGGACAAGGCUACUCCAGAAAUGGUCUCCCUGUUGAAGAGAAACAACUGUGGGAAAGCCCUGGACAUCGCCCGCCAGGCACGAGACAUCCUGGGAGGAAAUGGGAUUUCUGAUGAGUACCAUGUGAUCCGGCAUGCUAUGAAUUUAGAGGCAGUGAACACUUACGAAGGUCAGGGCUGGGCUCAGGGAGGAGGGUGUCAUGGGGAGACAGCAGUAAGGAGGCACACCACCAGCUGUCACCAAGUGGCUUCAAGCCCUACCCCUGUCCUUAAGAGUUAUUUGUUCAGAGCUUGUAAGAGAGACUACAUGACCCUGUGAGAUGCUCCUGACCCUUGUUCUCAUCAUGGGAUGGGACAUGAAGAAGAACACAGUCCCAAGAGCAAGGUGCCAAGAGAGGUACAGUGCAGGGGGGUGUGAGGAAGAAAACAGCACACACUUUGUAUCACUACUUUAUGUUCAGAGAAAAAGCUGUUUGUAAAUUACAAAACUCACAAGGGCAUGGACCCAUGGCUUAGGACAAACUUGGAAAAAGACAUGAAAAACUGGAGGGCCAAAGUGUAAAGGCGGGCUGUGGGGAUAGCUCAAUGAGCCAACAGUUGCUGAAAAGUCAGAGAACCCGAGUUUAAGUCCCCACAGCUUUUGUGAGGCCAGCACAGUCACAUGUGUCUGUAAUCCAGUGUUCUAGGUAAAAUGGGAAACUCAGGCAGGAAUCCUUAGGUGCUCUCAGAUCAGCUAGCUGAGUACACACUAGUCAACAAGAACAACAAAGGACCAAGACCUGAGGCUGCCCCCUGGCCUCCACAUGUGCACCUAAACUUACACAUCUUUGACCAAUAUUAAGAAGGGGAGCAAUACAAUCCCAUAUGAUCCAUGCAAAGUGGGGACACCAGCUUCACGGGUAGAGAAACUUCUAGACAGAAAAAGCAGAAUAUAUGGGAUACCUUCCCUUCCUGCCCUAACAAAUGAGGAUUUGAACCAGGGGAAAAUCCCACAGCCUUCAGUAUUUAUCUUAGGCUAUGGGAUGAAACAUUCCAGAAAUAGUGAGGGAGGAGUGAGGUGAGAUCCUACAAUGUGAGCACAAUUUGAGAUGGGUCAGAUUUAGGCUUGUGGAAAUAAAUGGUAUUAUUUGACCUCCAAAAAAGGAAGCCAUGGUUUCUGCCGCUGUCCCUGAAGUGGGAAAGAGCAAAGGACCAACCAUGCUUUUGCAUAGACCAUCAUCAGUCUUUCCAAUUCUGGAAUAAAGUAUGACCAGGGUGAAAUCAAAACAUUUAAUCAACUAUAGACGUGGGUUGGGAGAAUUUGCUAAGGCUAGGCCUAUGGCAGGGUCUAACCUUAUCACACUUUGGUAAUUAGCACACACAUAAUUGGUGGCUUUGUGUUGGGUUACAGAACUGUAAGACAUAUCAGCAUGGCUUAAACAGCCUCUGUGCCUUCUCUUGGUGACAAGGCAUUAAGAUGGAAGCCUCUUAGCAGGAGUCAGCAUUCACCAUCCUUGUAAUUCUGUUCUUCGGAAGUGGGAACCUAGGACGACACGUGGGGUGGCUGUAAAGGUAAGUUACAGGCUGAGGAGUCCAAACCAACUUUGACAUUCAUCUCACACAGGUACACAUGACAUCCAUGCUCUGAUCCUGGGGAGAGCAAUUACUGGGAUUCAGGCAUUCACGGUUGAAAAAUGAACCCACUUCAACAGAGAAAUACUUUGCUCAAGAAGUAAUGGAUGGACCCAGCUUUUAUGGUUGAAAGUGAGACACUGAUUUGAGACUUAGGAAAUGUCUUUCUUCAUUCAGAUAUGCUCUAUAGAAAGAAGAAGAAAUUAAUUCUCAGUGUGGCUCUUGGCCCUCAGUGCUUUUUAACUGUGGAUGAAAUCAAACUCCAUCUACCCUGUUUUAAGUUUUUUGGAACUGGAAGAGACAAAGGGGAGUGACACAGAAGCCACUGAGACGGAGCAGACCUUGUGUGAGAAGGUGUAGUGGACUUUACAGUGAGCCUUCCUGCCUCUAUCCCAGGAGCAGUACCUUCUGUGUUCAACACUAAGCAGAUAAAAGAGGAAAAUAAAGAGCCUGUGCCUUA